AUGGACCUCCAGAGAAAGUCAUUGUUGUCGCAGGUGGAUUUUACAACGGGAAAGAAGCGCAAUCGUCAAACCAAUUCGUUGAUUCUUCUCUUCUGUACGCAGAUCACGAAGAAGCUGAUACAAGACUGGUUCUACAUGCUAUCAUCAACAGUUUCUGACACGGUUGUUGUGUCUGCCAGAGAUACUGACUUACUCUUACUUCUUGUGGCGCAUUUGCCAAGUAUGCCUUCUGCAAACGUGCGGAUGAUGGCAGGAACAGCGGCCAGGCGCCAGUUCUUUAACAUCAGGGCGAUAAGCGAGAAUCUUCCCGCAGGAUCACUAUCAGCGCUCCUCCCUUUCCAUGCGCUGACUGGAAGUGACACAACAUCACAUAUCCAAAACCACUCCAAAUUGUCAGCGUGGAAGACAUUUCAAGACAAACAUCACCUUCUAGCAUCGCUAGGAGAAGGAGAACUAUCGGCCAACAAGGUCAAGGACGCCGAAAAGUUCAUCUGUGCGAUUUACAACUGCGGGCACAUGGAAUCACUGAAUGAUGCGCGAUUUCUUCUCUUUUCGAAGACAAAGAAACCUGAAGCGUUGCCUCCGACCAAGGACGCACUGGAAUUGCAUAUCAAGCGCGUGCACUAUCAAUCACUCGUGUGGAAACAAGCUUCAUGCCAGUAA